AUGGAUGACUUUGUUCGGAACAAAUUAACUGAGUGGGGUCUCAGCAAGUUGAUAGACAAAUUUAAAGGUAAAGGCAUUGACACAGAAAGUUUCCACGAACUCGGUGAUCGAGAAAUCGCUGUUUUGAUCCCAAAAGUGGGACCAAGCACAAAAUUCAAAAAGUACCUCCGGUUGUUGAAGAAACAAAAGACAACAGAUCCAGAAACAGUUGACUACUUUGCUCAAGUUUCUGCAUCCACCAGUGGCAGAAGUGAUAAAGGAAAGAGAAAGUUGGAUCUUCAGGACCAGUCCAGCAAAUUGCCGCCAACUAGAAAAUCACGACGUGAAACUAAACUGGGAUCAUACUUAGAAAAAAGCAUACUAUCUGAUGUAAAAAAUACCAUGGAACAUGUCUAUCAGAAACUGCCAGACAACAAAAAUAAGCUCAACAACUUCCUUAAGAAACGCAUCCGUGACUUGAAGAAAGACAAGAGGGAGCUGGUUGGUGUCUUUGGUAAAACCGGGGCUGGGAAGAGCUCUUUGAUAAAUGCAAUCAUUGGAGAGAAGAAUCUCUUGCCAUCUGGAAGUGUCAGUGCAUGUACUACAGUCAUGAUUAAAGUUGAGGCUAACAAGCAGGACGAGUACGAGGCAGAAAUUGAGUUCAUCACAAAAGAGGAGUGGAUGGAAGAAGUGUGGAAUUUCCUCAAGGAUAAAUCAAAUCAGGAGAAUGACGAAGAUUACCGUGACAACGAUAAAAAGUUGUCAGCUGUGUAUGGAGAGGAAUGGAAAAACAAAUCUCAUGGAACCCUCAUGGAAGACAAAUAUUUCAAAGAAAUCCCAGAAUUUCUCCGUUCCCAGAGCAAGAUUUUGACAUGUGAAUCAGCUGAAGAGCUCUCUGUGAAAUUGGUCAAAUACACAAGAAGUGACCCAGAAGACGGAGAAGGUAAAGUAGUAAAGAGGUGGUACUGGCCACUGGUGAAGUGUGUGACUGUGAGGGUGCCAGAUAAUGAUUUUCUCCAGCACGUCACACUUGCGGAUCUUCCUGGAAAUGGGGACUAUAACAAGAGCAGAGACGAGAUGUGGAAAGGGGUUGUUGGAAGUUGUUCUACUGUGUGGGUCGUGACAGAACUUAAUCGAGCAGCAGCAGAGAAGGAAGCCUGGGAGAUCCUGGAGAGUGCCGGCAGCCUCAUGGGAAAUGGUGGCGAGUGUCAGCGCAUUCACUUUAUCUGCACCAAGUCAGAUAAUAUUGAAGACUGCGAUGAUCAGUCAGCAGCCCGUGUUCGUGAUCUCAUAUUUAAAAGAAACGAACAUGCCAAGAGAAAAGUGAAAGAAGAAUUCAACCUAAACCAGAUUAAGAAACAUUUCAGUGAUAAAUGUUUGGAAGUGUUCACAGUGAGCGCCAAAGAGUUUCUAAAAAAGAAACAUCUAGACGCAAAUGACACUGAGAUACCCAAACUUCAGGAAGUUCUGCAAGAUCUCAACGACUGUCACUCAGAGACAUUAAACUAUGUGUCUGGAGCUCGUGGGAUUCUCUCUCUGAUUCAAGGGGCCAGCUGUAGACAAGAGGCUGACAAGACAGCUGUGUACACAGAACUUGAAGGAAAUAUGGAGCAUGAACUUAAUAAAGUCAGAAAAUCCAUGGAAGAGACUCGCAAUUCUUUUGAUAGUUGCCUCAUUGAGGGUGUCAAAAACUCCAAAAGUUCAUGGGAAAGAACCUUAAAGUCGGUCUUACAUCCUCCUAAGGGCAAGGAUAAUGGUUUUCACAGGACAUUGAAGUGUGUAGUUCAGAAGGGCGGCAUACACAAGCCAAGAAGAAAUAAAGAAAUAAACCUGAACAUGACGUUGGCUUCAUGUCUGACUGACAGCAUUGAUGAGGAAUUCAAGAAAACCUUCCCAAAUGAAGGAAAAAGUGGACCAUUUAAUGGGGUCAUCAACGAGUUUUCACUUGGCACAAAGAGGAUGAUGAGAGAGGGGCAAAAGUACAAAGAUGUUGAACUGCAACUCACAUUUCUCAGCACAGAGGAAGAAAAUAUCAAGACAGAACUGAACAAAAUCAUCCGGGAGCGCAAGAAAAUAAUCUACAGCAGUCUGAUGACGACAAUCGAGGAAGCCAUGAAAAAAUGCUAUCGGGAAGCAGAAGCAUUUACAGGACCCGGCUCACUGGACAAAAUGAGAGAAACUAUUGAGGCACAUGUACAAACAUCAAGGAACAUCAUGUUUGAGAAGGCGAAAAAUGAAAUGUUGAACCAGCUGGUCGACCUGAUGAAUGAGAUCCUGGAGAAACUGAAGGAAACAAUGCAGGAAUCAAUUGAGCUGUCACUCAAGACAGAUGGUGACUCGAUCCCAGAUGUUCAAGCUGACCUUGAGAUGGUGAAGAAGCACUACAUUGAACUGAUGGGAAGCCCAGAUCCACUGGGCCCAACAGCUGCACUGCAUCCAUGACAUCUGCACAGGUUUGCUCAGUGGAGAGAAACUGCAGAGGCCUGAUCACCCACUGAAGGUUCCUGCAGGCAUUAGAGAGGAGAGGCUUCUGGAUUUAGUCUCAACCCGUUUUGUCAAGUUAUUAUCCCUGUUUUUUAUAUGUACUAUUGUUGUUUGGUGGUGGUGAAUUACAUGUAGCGAGGUUUUAGAUUUUGUGGUUUUGGUAGGACAUUUUUGCCUUCAAUGGCAAGAAAUGUGUGGAGAAAGAAAGGGGGAUGACAUGCAACAAUCCCAAUCAGAUUUAAACAUUGUGAUUUUAAUGUCUUAGCCAUUAGGCCUCUAGAGACUCUUUGUUUUUAAUGAUUUAACAUUUAAUGUUUUGAAAAAUAUUCAAAAUAUAUAUUAUUUUUAGUAGUUUAGCAUGCUGAAAUUUCAAUGAUUUUAUAGUCGUCCUGAACCUGGAUUACAGUACAUAUCACAGGUUGGAUUGGAGAGACUUCAGGCUUAUUGAAGGAAUUAUCUUAAUAUUUUUUCUUUCAUGUUCAAUGAAAAAACUGUUUCUUGUUUGUUCAUCCAUAUAUG